UUCAAUUUGUAUCGAGCCUUGGGUGUCCCAUGGAGCCCCUGAGCACACCAAACCUGCGGCCGAACCUCGGCCUCGGCGGCUCUGCUUCAGCCUCCGCCCUGCGGGUGCGUUCAGAGGAGCCCUUCUCGACGCCCGUGAAGACCUACGAGCCACGGAGCCGGGAGCUUCAACCGCUGCCCCUGCCGACGUAUGGAAGCCCUCCAAAUGGCAAGGAUACCUCGUGGCUUCGGACCUUGGAGCAGCAGCUGGUGGAUCGUCUCCGAAAGGAUGCAUACUUGCUCUCUACCUUGAAGCGAAGCAUGCGCAAGGACAUGGAGGAGCAGGUGCAGUUGGCGAGGAGAGACCUGGAGGUCUUCUUUGCUCGUGAGCUAAGGGCAAUGAGGGACUCCACCACAGUGGAGGUGCAAGCAAUCGCGUCUGAAAUUAAGACGCUGCGGCGGGGCGGCGGCAGCGAUAACCUGGCAGAGGCGGUGGCCAAGCUUUGCGUGGAGCUGGAUCACGUGACCAAGGAGUCCGUGCCGCAAACGGUCUUCCAAACCUCAUUGGGAGAACUCCGGAGAGACAUGGAGGAGCAAUUGAGGAAAAGAUUGUCGGAGCUUCCGGAAGAUCGCCGCUUCGAUCGAGAAGACUUCCGGGAGCUCCGCGAUGAGAUCAAAGAGCUGAAGACCAGAGUCGAGCGACUUGAGGAACAGGAUUCGGACUUGGCCCGGCGGCGGUUCUCAGAGGAGUGUGCUCAGAAGAUCGGGAGCUUAAAGGAGGAGUUGGAGCAACACCGUCAAAGUGGCCGUCAAAGUGAGAGGCACCUGCGUCAAGAGUGGAAGAGCGGCCUUGGAAGCCUCAACGAGAAGGUGGAGGCGUUGCGCUUGGAUCUUGGUGCCGCCAAAGAGAAGCUCAGUGUGCGACCACGGGAGUUCCGAGACGACCAAAAGCUGCAGAACGCGAUGCAAGAAAUCACCGAGUUAGGCAAUGACCUCUAUGAGCUGAAGCGACAGGUGAAGCAACAGUCUGUCGACCUGCUCAAGAGAAGAGACACCCAAGACGAUCUCGUCGAGAACGCGGGCUUGCGAGUCACCGGCUUGGAAGAGCAGGUGCGCUCCAUGAAGCUGCAGGUGGCGCAGCUUUUACAUCUGAGGGAGAAGGUCUCCAAGCUUUCGAACUGGCAGCAGGGUGAGGCCUCAUCUUCAGUGGAAGAGCGCAUGGCUCAACUGGAAGGGCGCUUGCAGGCCCAAAGCCGGAAAUCGAGCCCCAGCCGCUCCCCACGGCAGGAGGAAUCCUUGUGGGCAAAGCAAGUGGCGGUCAUCUCGGCACAACAGGAACGAAAUUGUGAGCAGCUGGCAAUUUUUGAGGAGAAGUUGACGAAUCUCUGGACCUUGACGCCACGGAUCUGUCAACUCGAAGAUCAACAGAAGGACUUCUGGCGGCUACAGGAGCAGCUUCAAAGCCUCUCCUCGAACUUGGACCGUCUCAACGCGAUGCCGCUUCCAGCGCCGACACCAGCGGCUAGCAGUUUUCAGCUGGAGCUUGCAGAGCAGCGCCAGGCAAACUGUGAGCGCCGGGUGGACCAGUUGAAAGCCGAGCUCACGCAGUACUCGACCUCUUUGGUCGAUGCCCGGGAUGAGAUGAGGAAGAUGAUCAGCCAGCAGAAUGACCAUUUCAGCAAACUGACAGGUGAGAACUACUCAGGUUUCCUUGAUCGAUUCGCAGGACUCGAGAGGCUGCUGCAUGAGAAAGCGCCAGAGAGUCAAAAGCUGAAGACCCUUUGGGAAGAAAACACUGCUACCAUGGAGCGUCGUUUGAACUUGUUGGAGCGGCAGCUGAAAGAAGGCCAAGCACGGAGCCUGGACACCUCCCGAUGGGAGCAUCUUGUAGAAGGCCUUCGGAGGC